GGGCAACUUCCAAAAAAAAAUCGAUAUUAGAAGUCGGGUCGGAACAGUACCGCAAUCUGCAGGGUCCCACGCCGUUCCUUACUACAAAAGGGACACGACACGCUGACAGUUGCCCGAUAUGACGGUAAAACCUUAGUGGAUGGGAAACACCCCGCAGAACUGCGGAACUGGAAGCUCCCGUCAACUUUCAUCUUCACCUUCCAACCCCGCUAACGUCAUAUUAAGCUCAAUAAGCUCAAUAAAAUUAAUUAGUGCGUAAGUGGGGCUAGUGGGGUAUCUUAUCAACAGUCUUAUCUUCUUAUCGCGUCCAUAUGUAGGUACCUUAAUCAGCUUUAACUUUCUCAAGAGCUUCAACAAAUCCCGGCCUCAGAUGUCCGCAGCAGAAACCAUCACGUUUUCCACCUCAGUUGCUUGACUUUUCCAUCGAGUCACUGCGAUGGCUUACGAUGUCUCAAAAAUUACCUCACCGCGUCCCCAUUAACCGUCGCUACUAGAUUUUCUUAGAAUACCUUACUACCUGACUAUGCUGGCUCUCUCGGUACGUGGGUUUAUAGCCUCGCAUCCGCUUAACCGACAGACUAUCCGAACGAUGGCUACCGCGCGGCGUCAAGCUUUCGAAACCAUCCCAUCUUCUCCUAUUCGAGUUAUGCGUACGGUUGAUGCGGUCAGAAGAUGGAGGAAGCCUCAGUACCUCGACCACAGGAUCGUUUCACUCGUACCUACGAUGGGAGCUUUGCAUCAAGGUCAUCUUUCUCUUAUCCGCAGCGCAGCUCGCGAGAGCCAUCACGUCGUCGUUAGCAUAUAUGUGAACCCGGCCCAAUUCGGGAUCAAGGAAGAUCUAGCUUCUUACCCUGUGACUUGGGAGUCGGACUGUAAGAUCCUAGCUGAUUUAGAUCGUGAAUUGGCCGACGAUGGUGGGAAUCUAGGCCGCAUCAGCGCUAUUUUUGCGCCAACUACCCCCGAGAUGUAUCCCUCAGGUUUUCCAGGCCAAGAAGUAAACUCUAAAGGGAGUUUUGUGGUCAUAACGCCAAUAAGUGAGAUUCUUGAGGGUGGUACUAGACCAACCUUUUUCAGAGGCGUCGCCACUGUCUGCAUGAAACUUUUUAACAUCGUACAACCUGAAAAGGUGUACUUUGGCCAAAAGGAUGUCCAGCAGACCGUAUUGAUCCAAAAGAUGGUCAAGGACUUUAUGCUGCCAACCGAGGUUAUUAUUGGUCCUACCAUCCGGGAGUCCGACGGACUUGCUCUAAGCUCCAGAAAUGUUUACCUCGGCGAGAGGCGACGUGAAGUCGCCCCCGUGCUAAAUCGCGCGCUCAAGGCUGCUGAGGCCCAGUACCUAAACGGGGCUCUGGAUCGAAAGCAGCUCAUGAAUGCCGCUAAUGCUAUAAUUUUAAAUGAUUUAAACAAACAGUCGGCAUUACCUCCCGAGAAGAGGGUAAUGUUUGAGGUGGACUACAUCUCACUUGCGGAUCCUUUUUCCAUGGAGGAGCUGACUGCAAUCGACCCAGAGAAGGGUGGUAUACUGAGUGGUGCAGUAAAGAUGCUACCGGUAGAAUCACCGCAACCAGGCGAAGAUCUGGGACAUAGCGGAGGACCAACAGUCCGCCUCAUAGACAACAUUAUUUUGAAGCCAUCUACGGAUAUCUAGAGUAAUUUUUUGAAUAUACCCAGACAGUCUAUGUCCGUUGAUAACCAAACGACCGGCAUUUGAAGGACGCGUAAACCGGAAUUAUUUGCAUCGCUCUCUAUCAACCGCAUAUUUUGUCUUUUGAUCAGCCCCUAGGUAAUAUUAUUGGUCUAUUGCCAUAUAAUUAUAAUCAUGAGACAUCAUGAUGGUAUUGGCUACGUUGAUAUUGUCGGACUUUUAAAUUAUUUAGCAAGUGUAUUUUCUGCUGUGUCAUUGCAGCAGA